AAACCACUAGUGUACUCCUUGGGGAAAGACGAGGCUUCCUUUCUCCCACUGUAAAGAGUUCGUGUCGGGAGCCCACGAUGGCAGUUGUACCCUGGCCUGGAGGGUUGCCGUGUGUCGGGAUAGACUGCUUUGUGUGGGGUCCCAGGCUGUGAUCCUUACCGAAGCAGAUGCCCACGAGUCUGGCCCGCAGAGGGGCGCGACAGCCUGGUGUGCUCCCAGUGGUUGAUCCCGCCGCCGGGGCUGCUUAGUUAGGGUAGUCUGGUUGCGGCAGGAGCCUGGCGCUGUCGUAUACUUUGGGACGGCUGAUUUCCAGGGGGGACCCCUUGUAUAUCACCUGACUCCAAAUUUUGCAAGGCAGGAAGACUUGGUGUUGGCAUAUGAAUGAACAUGAAGUACCUGUCUGUACUGAUUCUCCGCUAGACAAGUUUUCUGUAUGUUGUCAUCUGGCGUACAGCUGAUCACCAGAAAGGUCCAGCACGUCCGCUCCUCGGUUGGCAGUUGUUUCCGUUCCUUCAUGGAUUUAAAAACUCUCAUUUCCUCUCUGAAUGACUUUGCAUCCCUCUCAUAUGCGGAGAGUUGGGACAACGUUGGCUUACUGGUAGAGCCAAGUCCACCACAUACUGUCAAUACACUCUUCCUGACCAAUGACUUGACCGAGGAAGUAAUGGAAGAGGCGCUGCAAAAGAAGGCAGAUCUCAUUCUUUCCUAUCAUCCUCCCAUCUUCCAACCCAUGAAGCGCAUCACCUGGGCCACCUGGGCAGAGCGCCUGGUGAUCCAGGCUCUGGAGAAGAGAGUGGCCAUCUACUCUCCUCACACAGCCUAUGAUGCUGCCCCGCAGGGCGUCAACAGCUGGCUGGCUAAAGGACUGGGAAAGUGUACCUCCCGCCCCAUACUGCCUUCCAGAGCUGCCAAGUGCCCCACAGAGGGAACACACAGAAUAGAAUUCAGUGUUAGCCCUAGCCAAGACCUGGACAAGGUCGUGUCUGCGGUGGAAGCAAUUGCAGGUGUUUCUGUCGCUACUUUUGCUGCUAGGACUCAUGAUGAAGAAUGCACGCGUGUCAGUCUCAGUUGCACUCCGGAGGCUCUGCUGCAAGUGGUGGCGUUUCUCUCGCAGAACGGAGAGUUUUAUCAGAAGACGGAGAUUCUGUCACUAGAGAAGCCUCUGCUUCUACAUACUGGGAUGGGGCGAGUUUGUACUCUGGAUGAACCGGUCUCCUUGGCAAUCAUGGUUGAACGAAUCAAGAGACACCUAAAACUGUCCCACCUCCGCCUCAGUCUUGGACUACGGAGGACCUUAGAGUCCCAAGUCAGAGUGGUGGCCCUGUGUGCUGGUUCUGGACGCACUGUUCUUCGGGAUGUAAAAGCUGACCUGUACCUCACAGGUGAGCUGCCCCACCAUGACGUGCUGCAUGCAGCUUCCCAAGGCAUCAGCGUCAUCCUCUGUGAGCACAGCAACACCGAACGCGGCUUUCUUUCCGACCUUCGAGAUAUGCUGGGUGCUCAGCUGGAGAAUAAGAUUAGUAUCAUCCUGUCGGAGACAGAUAAGGACCCUCUACAUGUGGUAUAACAUGAACACGGACAACAGGUUCACACAGUCGAGCGACUGAUUGAAUCCCAGUUCAGUGCUGUCACGUGAGUUUUGGGGGUUGGUUUCUUUCUGGCAUGCCUGAGAGUGCUAACCAUUUCCCCCAAUUCUUCCAAAUAGCUCCUACGGUAAAAACCUAGUAUAAUUAUUAUAUGAAAGAACAAAUUUCAUUAUAAACUCUAGAAAAUUGGCAAACAUCUGUGUUUAACCUGUGUGGAAAGUAGCUCAAAGCAAUCUCUCGUUGGCAGAAUUACAGGCUGGCUGAGAAGCAUGCUCCCACUCCCAGCAAGCGCUCAGUGUUAGGAAAUGCCUUCAUCGAGGGAGCUGGCCCAGAAGUGUGGGCUCGAUGGGAAGCAGUGUCAAAGUGGAAAGAACAAGACAGUGGACACUUUGAAAGAUCUAAGUCAUUUAUCACUUGCUUUCCAUGCUUUGCUCCCAAAGAAACGUGGGAAGGCAGAACAAAAAUGUGAAUAAUUACCAUACACUGUGCUUCCACUACCAUCGAGUUGAUUCUGGCUCAAAACGACCCUACGCAACAGAUAAGAGCUGCCCUCGUUGGUUGGCUGCGGCUUUGAGCAGACAGCCAUCUCUCCCCAGAGAGACUGCUGGGGCAACUGACUGACCUUGGGCUGGGCAGCUCAGCCUGUCGCUCGCUCUGCCACCGGGACUCCUUCAGUACCUGGGAGGGAGACGCAUAGGUGGUGGUAUAUAGAGAUUUUUCUAGGAAAGAGAAAAUUCAGUCGGGAGGAGAGGCUAAAAAAUGUCAAAAGAAACAGCCUAAUACUCAGAGGCCUUCAAAAAGCUUUGGGGAAAAAGAAAGAUAAAAAAUUUUUUCCAAAAAUGAAGUCUUUGAAGCUCUCUCGUACGUGGAAAAAGCCCAAGCAAUUCAUUUGGUAUUGCCAGGGUUGAAAGGCAAGUCAGGAAAGGGAAGGCAUAGUAUGAGAGGAUGAUGCAGAACUAACACAGCACGGGGCUAGGGGUCCACACUCGAGAACACUAGGGUAGCAUGUGAUUGCUUUGAGAUGCUGGUUCACGAUGGCAGUGAUAUCUCCUGUGAGGUUGAAGGUUAUGGAUUCAUUUCUUUAGAUAGCGCUCUGGUAAGGGAUUGAGAUGAAAGAAUAUACUUAAGACAUUCUGUCCACUAACCUUACAUGUAUUGCUAAAUAGAUCUGAAUACAGAAUGACAAUAAAACUUGUUUUUCUUAGCAUGCUGUAUUUCAAAAUAAAAAUAUCUCUGAAACA